UAAAGUGAAUCACUAUAGUAAUGCCGCCGCUGAUCUGCUCUUCACCACAUCGCUGUUUGGUCGGGGAGGAGAGUGCUUCCUUCGGUCUUUUUCUUUUUUUUUCUUCUUCUGUGAACCUUGGAUAAAGUGAAAAUUUGACUCGCAAACCGAUUUGAAUCAUAUUGGGGACUCAUUGAGCCCGCGAUUGCAAUCUUUUAAGCUCGGAAUGGAUUUUGUCUCAUUUAGAAAAGUGGUUUAUUAAGUGUUUAGUGUCAGGGUUUUGGACCCCGUGUUGUUUUCUCGCACUCAGUUUCUUCAUUCACUGCUUUGCACCGGUGGGCAUCCAGGCAUGGGCAUGCAUGCAGGUACAGGUACGGCGUUUUUGCUCUGCCUUGUGCUGAAUUUCUUCAGCAUUCAUGCUUUUUCCAGAGAGAGCUCGAGCUUCUGCAGGAUCCUCCGCAGCUCGAACCGGGGCGCGCGCAGAGAAGGACACAACGAGUACCGACUCCGGGUGGAAGGAGAUCCUGAAACAUAUCAGCCUGGAAGCACUUAUAGAGUGAGUUUAUACGCCUCCAGUCCGUCUUACUUCCGAGGUUUCACUCUGAUUGCUCUGAAGGAAGGGAGAGAAGGAAGCAGCCUUGAUGAUUAUGCUGGCAAUUUCGAGAUCAUAGAUAAAGAAGACUCUCAGUUCAUGACCAACUGCCCACCUGCCGUCACAGAGAGCAUUCCCCGGAGACGCACACGGAUCCAGGUGUUCUGGACAGCGCCCCCUUCAGGCAGUGGCUGCGUGAUACUCAAGGCGAGCGUGGUACAGAGGAAGAUAAUAUCCUUCCAGGAUGAGGGCUCUCUCACCAGGAGGCUGUGCGAGAAAGAUCGUCUCAGAACCACAGAGAAGCCUCUGCAGGAGUGCUGUGCGUGUGGAACAGCCAAGUACCGCCUCACCUUCUAUGGGAACUGGAGUGAGAAAGUGCAUCCCAAAGAUUAUCCCCGGCGAGCCAAUCACUGGUCAGCUCUGAUCGGCGCCUCUCACUCCAGGAGUUACGUGCUGUGGGAAUACGGAGGAUACGCCAGCGAGGGUGUGCGCCAGGUGGCCGAGUUCGGCUCGCCCGUCAAAAUGGAGGAGGAGAUCCGUCAGAAGGGUGAUGACGUGAUGACUGUGAUCAAGACGAAAGCUCAGUGGCCGGCCUGGCAGCCCCUCAAUAUUCGUGCUGCUCCCUCGGCCGAGUUCUCUGUGGACCGAUCCCGUCACCUCAUGUCCUUUUUGACCAUGCUCGGCCCGAGUCCUGACUGGAACGUUGGUCUGAGCGCUGAGGAUCUGUGCACGGCUGAGUGCGGCUGGGUGCAGAGACUCACUAAAGACCUGCUGCCGUGGGACGCCGGGACAGACAGCGGACACAGUUACGAGUCCCCCAACAAACCAACAGUCCCUCAGGAGCGGAUUCGGCCCCUCACCAGCCUUGAUCACCCACAGAGCCCCUUCUAUGACCCUUCAGGAGGUCCGAUAUUACCCCUGGCUCGAGUGCUGGUGGAGAGGAUAGCCAGGAAGGGAGAGCAGUGCAACACGGUUCCUGACACGGUGGACGAUAUCGUGGCCGACAUAGCCCAAGAGGAGACUGAGGAGGGAGACAGCACUCCGGAGACGUGCAUCUACUCGAACUGGUCUCCGUGGUCGGCGUGCAGCUCAGCCACGUGUGCAAAGGGUCUACGCAUGAGGCAGAGGAUGCUGAAGGCUCAGCUUGACGCCACUGUGCCGUGCCCUCACACGCAGGACUUCGAGCCCUGUAUGGCAUCUGGCUGUAGAGAAGAGGAAGCGCCUUCGUGCAUGCUGUCCGAGUGGAUCAGCUGGUCUCCGUGCAGCGCAACAUGCGGGAUGGGCAUGAGAUCCAGAGAGCGCUACGUUAAAGUCUUUCCCGAGGACGGCUUGAGCUGCAAGGAGCCCACGGAGGAAACGGAGAAGUGUGUGGUCAACGACGACUGCUCCCCCAGUAGCUGUAUCGUGACAGAGUGGGCAGACUGGGAGCUGUGCAGUGUGAGCUGCGGAGUAGGGAUGAAGAAGAGGGUGAGGAUGAUGAAGAUGCCCGCGUCUGAUGGCUCUCAAUGCCGAGUCGAGCUGGAAGAGGUGGAGAAGUGCAUGAUGCCAGAGUGCAAUGCCUUGUCCUGUAUGGUUUCAGAGUGGUCUGAUUGGGGUCACUGCAGUGUGUCAUGUGGAGUGGGAAUGCAUGUGCGGCGGCGCAUGUUGAAGACCCCAGCGCUACCCGGCCAAUGUACAGAACAGCUGGAGCAAGUAGAGAAGUGCAUGAUGCCAGAGUGCCCUGUGGACUGUAUGCUGUCUGAGUGGACCGAGUGGUCCGAGUGUAAUAAGUCCUGUGGGAAGGGUCACAUGAUCCGCACCCGUAUGGUGAAGUUAGAGCCUGAGUUCGGCGGAGUCCCGUGUCCUGAAACUGUGCAGAGGAAGAAGUGUAAGAUCAGGAAGUGUACACGGGGCCCACGAGCCAGCGACCGCAAAAAAGCCAAGCAGGAUGCCACAGAGAGGCGGAGAACUAAAGCGGGACGGGAGUCUGCCUGGACAGAUGAGGACAUACCAGGUUGCAAAAUAGGCCCGUGGUCCAGCUGGACGGACUGUACCAAGCAGUGUGGCGGGGGUGUCCAGGAGCGUGUGAGGCAUGUGAGGAAGAAAGGCAAAUGCAGGCCUAUCAGAGAGAACCGCAUGUGCAAUGAGCAGCCCUGCUAAAGAACUCUACAUUUCUUAUACACAGACACGAGUACAAACACAAACACACACAAACAGAGGCGUGGAGUGUGAGGUCUUUCCGGACUGGUUAAAAGGUGUCUAGAGAUUUUAGAGUAGUACACACAUGGUUAAAGAAGACCACACAGAUGUUUGUGAUUAGUUUUAGUUGCCUUUUCAGCAGCUAUAUGUAUUACUAUCUAACGAACCAACUUCACAGUCACACACUAAAACACAGAGCUUGGCAUUCUUUACUGAAUAUUAUGUCUUUUGUUUUGUUUUGUUUUGUCUUUUUUUGUACACUACUUCCGAACCCUGACUCAGUUUACAUUUACUGUACAGUUGAUAUUCAAGUGUGCUCCUCACACAGUAAAUCACCAUUUGCCCAUUUACGCAGACAGCAUUGCGGUGCUGAAAGGGCUAAAUUCUCAUCUUAAUCCUGAUUAGGUCUAGCUUAAAUAUCAUGUGAUUUAACCCUAUAAAUUCCCAGGACACUUUGAUGGAUCCGAACUUGCAGUCCUUACUCUUGUAACUACACACCUGUCCUAUUAGUUAAACGGUACUAAUUCAUUCAUAGUAGUAAUAUGAUAUAAUAUAAUAUAAUACAAGGAAGGAACAAAACCCUCGGGGUAUGCUGUUAUAGGAAAGUAAACAACAUGGCCCGGCACGAAGCAGAGUUACUGUUACUACCCUGAAGUUGAUUAUUUUACUAUAACACCAUGUUCCAAAGUGCUUUAUUCCUCUUAUACCACAGAAACUUACCAACAACUUUUUUUUGUACUCCGUUUAUAUUUUCAGUUAAAGUUGCCAAACAAGUUAGUUCCUGUUGUCACUUAUGUUGUAAAAGCUAAAAACAGCCAUUCUCUCACCAGUUUCUCUUUUUUUCUCUCUAUCUUUAAGUUAAUAAGACAAAAAAACAGCUUGUCAGCUUACUGAGAAAAUCCUCCAUCCUGAAGACUUUCCUGUGGCGGAAAAUGUACUGUUACAAAUCACUGACACUGGAGACUCCUUCCAAACAAAUAAAAAUCUCCUCACAGAAAACUUCACAUAAACAGAUUUUUUAUUAUUUUAUUUUUAAUUCUUGAUAUGGUGGCAUACCCAUGAUAAGUCCCUGUCAGUUAGCUGCUACUGUAGAGACGAUAACAUAUUAGAGCAAGUGCAUUCAUAUAAACCUGUGAUUUGCACUGCAACCUUCUGACCAAUCCGAAUAGAUAUUUUAACAGUGCUGUGGUAUAAAAUAUAACUACUAUGAAUUCAUUUAUCUUCAGUAAAUGCUUUAUCCUGGUCAGGGUCACAGAGGAUGCGGUGCCUAUUCUGAGAAAACUAGGCACAAUGCUGGAGAAUUCACCUCAGAUGGGAUGUUAGCAGGGCAUCAAAUAGACACUCAUCCCCACACUCAUUACCACUAUGUGUAAUGUGCUUUAAAAUGAGUAAUAAGAGUUGAAGGGCUUAAGCCUCAUCCCAAAUGGCACACUAAGUCUUGUGUUCCACCUCCAAGGCCUUUUAAUGUCAUCGACCAAGAAAUUGUGGAUCUGUGGUGCGUUAAUUCUCAAAUCCUUGCAAGUGCAGAAUUUCAUUCAGUUCCUGCACCAAAACAGAAGCUGCAAUUAUAUCCGAUGUACACAUUAUCUCCAUAUCAGAUUGCAGGAGCCACUGAUGAACUUGAUUUUUUAAUCAGAGAUAUUGGGUUUGUUUGGUUUUUGUUGUUGUGUCUUAGUUUCAAGCUUAAUUUUGCCCAAUGGCAAGUUGCAUUGAAGAUAAGAAACACGUUAAGACUUUGAAUAUCGUUCUUCGUUGCUGUGUGUGGUUUUUGGGUAUAAUAGACUGCUGUUAAGUCAUAUUGAUAUAGGCUUCACCACAUGGUGCAUGUAGGGAUCAUAUAGCCAUUCAAGAGUACCAACUGGACCAUCAAAAUAAGAAAUGUCAAUUUACAUUAAUGAUAAGAGACCCAUUCGAAUAUUUUGUCUUCAUCAGUGUUGGUGUAUGUUGGUCUGUGCUCUAUAAAUACUCAUCUGUCAUGAUUGGUCCGAACCAAUGACACAAAAUAUUGAUAUAAUUUUCACCGAAUGGUGUAUUUCGGGCGCUUAGGAGCACCCUUUGACCCCCAAAAUGAGAAAUGACAAGCAAAAUUGAUUAUGAGACACUUUAAGACCCAUUUUUAAGAUCCAUCUUUGUCUUCAUCAGUGCUGGUAUAUAUUGCUCUUUGCUCUUGACAAACACAUCAGCCAUGAUUGGUCCCAACCAAUACCCCACAAGGUUUUGGGCAAUAGACGCUGUUAAGUCAGUAUAAAUAUAGACUUUACAAAAGGGCGCAUUUAGGAGCACCAUUUGAACCCCAAAAUUAGAACUGUUGGCCACCGACAAGUUAAACUGCUGUUAGUGACACUGUAAAGCCCACUACUAUAUCUUUUUUUGUCAUUGUUGGUGAACGUUGCUCUGUUCUCUCAGAAAACUUAUCCGACAUGAUUGGUCCCAACCAAUACCCCACAGGGUUUUUGGUGAUAGGCUGCUGUUAAGUUGGUUUCACCAAAUGGUGCAAUUAGAGUACUUACUGUCUAGCCGCUUAGGAGUACCCUUUGACUCCUAAAGUUAGAAAUGUUGGCCACUGACAACUUGUAUUGAUGAUAAGAAGCACUUUAAGACCCAUUUGUAUGUCUUUGUCUUCAUUAGUGUUUCUGUACUCUCAACAAACCUGGACACCAUGAUUGGCCGUAGUUAAUAUCGCAAAGGGUUAAGGGAAACUGUUGAAUUAGGGCACAUGGGCUCAAAUACGGACCAAAAGACCAAAUGUCUGAGAAUAGUCUUAUCCUAUGGCGUCAUCUCUGCCGAAUAUGGUCCAAUGUGAAAUCAGUGUGAUUCAGUCAAGUUGAUUUUUAUUUCAAUUCCAUUCUCAGUACAACAGAGUUUCUACAGUCAUGGUACAGUUUAGAUUCAGUAAAAUAACAAGCACAGCACUACACUCUUCUUGCUCAAGGACAUCAGGCAGGAUUUGCAUUUCAAUCAAGUCCCCCCCUCCCCCCUGCCUCCCACUUGUCCCAUCCCUGCCUCUAGUCCAAAGUGCCACCACAUCAAGCCUUCUCUGUUGAGCACUAUCAAGACGGGUCGCCCACAAUCAAUGACCAAUCGAUUUGGACAGCUGCCAUCUGCCGAGGAGGGAUUGAUUUUCUCCUGUCACUACAAAGCAGUUUCAUCGUAUCGUCUCAAAUAUUCAUAGCUGACAAAAUGUUUUUUUCCUCCCCUUUUUUAUGGUUACAUGUACAAAGGGAAACUCAUAAUAGCACUUGGAUGGUUCAAAAUGAUACUGCUGAACAGAUAGCACAGGUAAGAACAACCAUGCCAAGACUUGUGUACAAAAAAAUUCAUUUUAGCCUGAAAAUAGCUAUGUUGUGACCUUUUUAAUCCUCUGUAAUCCAUGUAGAGGCACAGUAACUCAGCUGUAGGAAAUAGAGUACAGUAUUAAUUUUAGACACUUUAUAACUUUUGCUGUGGAAUUUUGAUAUACUCAACACCCAGGACUUGCCAAGGUCAUGUGUAGGUCUCUCUCUCUCUCUCAAUCUCUGUCAGUUUUUUUUCCCUCUCCUCUACAAUAUAUUACUAUUUUGGAAUAAAUCACCUUUACAAUAAAAGUAAAUGUGACAAAAUCUCAGUGUA